UCCUCUCUCUCUCUCUAGGUUCCUCUGUCUGAGACCGAGACUGUCAUUCUCUCUCUAUAAAUACCCCUUUCUAACUCUUUCUCUUGUCUUUUGACUGUCCACUCUCUCUGCCUCACUCCCUCUCUAAAUGCACCUUACUUUCUCUCUCUAGCUCUGUAAGAGCUCUCUUUGGCGUUGCAGGAGCUCAGUAUCUCUCUUCUUGUUCGCCCCACUUUCUCUCUCCAAGAUUGUCACAAAAGCUUGCUUUUCUCUCUCUAGACUGUCCGCGUUCAGGAGCUCAGACUGUCUCUCUCUCUUCGCCCUCCUCUGUCUCUCUGAAAGUGUUUAGAAGCUUAAUUCAAUACUUUCCCUCUCUAGACUGUCCUCAGGAGCUAGCUUUCUCUCUAGAGUUCUUCUUCCUCGCUCUUUCUGCAACCCAUUUCUUUGCCGCUCAACAAUGGUGGAAACCGCGAGAUUGUAGAGAAAAUGAGCCACCUCGUGCCUUCAAGCUUCAUGAUGGAGCUCUACUUCAUCGUCGCCAUCUUGUCCGCCAUUGCAGUACCAGAGGCUUCUGUGGCUUCUCCGUCACCUUCUUCUGGUUCAUCUAAAGACACUCUGCAACUCCUUUCCUUCAAAGGUACGGUCCAAAACCCUUAUCCACUCCAAAAUUGGCGGCCAAAUCAAGACCCUUGCUACUUUAAUGGCGUUGCGUGCAAAGAUUCGAGAGUUUCCUCCAUUGAUCUCAGUAACCAGGCUCUAAGCACUGAUUUCAAGAACGUCGCAUCAUUCCUGCUGAAUUUAGAGAAGCUGGAGACUCUCUCUCUAAACUUCGCCAACAUUAGCGGCUCUGUGACUUCACAGCUGGUUUCUUCUUGCUCGAAGUCUCUCACGGAGCUUGAUCUCGCCGGAAAUGGAUUUUCUGGCGAGGUCCCGGCAAUCGCCUCUCUCAGCUCCUGUGAAAACCUCAAGGCCCUGAACCUCUCGAGAAACAGUCUCAGUUUUUCGGCGGCUGGAACAUUUUCCGGCGGGUCAAGCCUUAAGUUUCAGAGCCUCGACCUCUCUUAUAACCAGAUCUCUGGCGCCGGAAUAUUUUCAUGGCUAUUUUCCGGUGACUGUGAAACCCUAGAGUACCUCGACCUCAGAGGAAACAGAGUGGCUGGAAAUGUGUCGGCAAUUGUUUCCGGUUGCCCAAAUUUAGAGUUCCUUGACCUUUCAGCCAACAACUUUUCAGGCGAGCUCCCUGCUUUAGGUUCCCUGACUCUAAAGCACCUGGAUUUGUCCCAGAACUCAUUUUCCGGUGAUAUUGAGGCGAAGUUUUCGGGCUACAAGGAGCUGACCUUCCUGAACUUGUCGGUAAACCAGUUUUCAGGCGGGAUUCCAGCUGAUUUUGGCCGGAAUCUCCAGUACCUGAAUCUCUCUGGUAAUGGCCUGGUCGGUGAAAUCCCUUCUCAGUUAUCUUCUUCUUGUUCAAACCUUCUCCAACUUGAUAUCUCUUAUAACAACAUCUCAGGCCCCAUCCCUCUCUCUCUCUCUUCUUGCGCUUUGCUGGAAUCCAUAGAUCUUUCUAACAAUAGUCUCUCUGGUCCAUUCCCCAUUCAAUCUCUUUCAGCCAUGGCCAACCUCAAGAAGCUGGUUCUGUCUUACAACUACAUCAGUGGCUAUUUGCCUGAUUCUCUCUCUAACCUCUCAAGCCUCCAACUUCUUGACCUCAGCUCCAACUCAAUCUCAGGCACCAUCCCUGGAAACCUCUGCAAAAACCCUGAAACGUCUGAAACUCUUCUCUCUUUAAGAGAGCUCUACCUCCAAAACAAUCUCUUAUCAGGGACCAUUCCUGAAACCCUCAGCAAUUGUUCAGAGCUCGUCUCUCUAGAUCUCAGCUUCAACUACCUCAAAGGCACCAUCCCCCGAAGCUUGGGCUCUCUGCAAAAGCUCCAAGACCUAAUAAUGUGGCUUAACCAGCUCGAAGGUGAGAUACCCCAAGAGCUCUCGAACCUCCAUUCUCUCUCUAACCUCAUUCUCGACAACAAUGGCCUUACCGGCAACCUCCCCUCUGGUCUUUCCAAUUGCGCAAAUCUCAAUUGGAUUUCUCUCUCUAGCAACAGGCUCUCUGGUCCCAUACCACCAUGGAUUGGAAAGCUCAGCAAGCUAGCCAUUCUCCAGCUUGGUAACAACUCUCUCUCUGGUCCAAUCCCUCAAGAAAUUGGUGACUGUAAAAGCUUGAUAUGGCUUGAUCUAAAUAGCAACAAUCUCUCUGGCUUAGUUCCUGGUUCUAUAGCAAACCAAUCAGGAAACAUAGCAGCUGGUUUGGUAACAGGCAAAACCUAUGCAUAUCUUAGAAAUGAUGGUAGUUCUAAUUGCCAUGGAGCUGGAAAUUUGCUAGAAAUGGCUGGAAUAAGAACUGAAAAUUUAGCGAGAGUACCAACUCGUCGAUCUUGCAAUUUCACUCGUAUAUAUUUGGGUAAAACAAGUUACACAUUUAAGAACAAUGGUUCAAUGAUCUUCCUCGACUUAUCGUAUAACCAAUUGUCUGGUGAGAUUCCGGCUGAAAUAGGGUCAAUUUAUUAUUUGUCAGUGUUGAAUUUGGGCCAUAAUCGAUUUUCUGGUCAGAUACCGGCCAAUUUAGGGAGAUUGAAGAAUGUGGGUAUUCUGGAUCUUUCUCAUAAUGAGCUUAGUGGGCCUAUACCACCUUCUUUCUCGGCGUUAUCUGGUUUAUCUGAUAUCGAUUUGUCGAAUAAUAACCUCACUGGAUCGAUACCUGAAUUGGGUCAAUUGGCUACAUUUCCAGCUUUUCGAUAUGAGAACAAUUCAGGACUUUGUGGGUUUCCAUUGCCUUCUUGUGACUCUGACUCGAGUGGCUUGAAUGGGUCUGUGAGACCACAGGGGUCGCAUAGAAGGCAAGCUUCUUUAGCAGGAAGCGUUGCCAUGGGUUUGCUCUUCUCACUGUUUUGUAUCUUUGGUCUCAUAAUUGUGGCAAUUGAAAGCCAAAAACGGAGAAAGAAACAGAGCUCCAACGUUUACAUCGACUCUCUGGCCGGAAAUGGCAACACAGAUGGAACAACAAUGGUUGGUGGGUCGGGAUGGAAGUUCAGCGGUGGACGAGAAGCUCUCAGUAUAAAUUUAGCAGCUUUCGAGAAGCCAUUGCGGAAAUUAACUUUUGCUGAUUUAUUGGAGGCAACAAAUGGAUUUCAUGGUGAUAGCCUUAUUGGAUCAGGUGGAUUUGGCGAUGUUUAUAAGGCGCAAUUGAGAGAUGGAUCGGUGGCUGCUAUAAAGAAACUGAUACAUGUUAGUGGUCAAGGAGAUAGAGAGUUUACAGCUGAGAUGGAGACCAUAGGGAAGAUUAAGCAUAGGAAUUUGGUGCCAUUGUUGGGGUAUUGUAAGGUUGGAGAAGAGAGGUUGUUAGUUUAUGAGUAUAUGAAACAUGGGAGCUUAGAGGAUGUCUUGCACCAUCGAAAGAACGGUGCGCCAAAGCUCGACUGGCCGGCUCGGCGCAAGAUCGCAGUCGGUGCAGCUCGCGGGCUCGCAUUCUUGCACCACAGUUGUAUCCCUCACAUCAUACACAGGGACAUGAAAUCGAGCAAUGUCCUCCUUGAUGAAGGGCUCGAGGCGCGGGUCUCAGACUUUGGGAUGGCGCGUCUGGUGAGUGCCAUGGAGACCCACUUGAGUGUAAGCACACUUGCAGGAACGCCCGGUUAUGUGCCCCCGGAGUACUACCAAAGCUUUCGCUGCAGUGCUCGAGGAGACGUCUACAGUUAUGGUGUCAUCCUACUCGAGCUUCUCACUGGCCGGCGGCCCACCGAUUCAGCAGACUUCGGCGACAACAAUUUGGUGGGGUGGGUUCGGCAGCAAGCGCGGGCUGGUCAUGUGUCUGAGGUCUUCGAUAAGGAGCUUCUAGAAGCUGGAUCGGUACAGGGUGCGAGCCCACAAGAGCUCGAGGUUGAGCUUUUGCAACAUUUGAAGAUUGCCUGUGCUUGUUUGGAUGACAGGCCAUGGAGGAGGCCCACUAUGAUACAGGUCAUGGCUAUGUUCAAGGAGUUGCAAGCUGGAGGCGAGCCUAGUGCUGGGUGCGCUGGGUUCGAACCGUUGCCUGAGCUUGAUGCGCAAGUGGGCUAGCUCGGGUUCAAGGGGUGGAUUAUGAAUGGUGGUGGAUUGAGCUCGGUGCCCAAGUUGGGUACGUUGGUGUUGAACCACCACGGUAGAAUUGUUCGAUGGAUUGACUGGGUUCGAGCAGGAGUGAGUUCAAGUGGGUUCCAUGGAUUAAUUGAGACUGACCAAAAGUGGGUUAGGUAGGUUUACCGAGAUCGAGUGAGAGAGUGGGUGGGUUCAGAGAUCGAUUGGGAAAGUGGGUUCGGUAGAUCACUGAGAUUGACCGAAAGUCGGUUAGACCGAGAGUGGGUUCGCGAGAACGUUGGGCAUGAGUGGGUUCGAGAGCUUUGCUCACCGGACCGAGCCUUACUUAAGCCUAAUGGGUAGUGGGUUCGAGACACUAGAGAAGCUUGGCUCUCAUUUGUGAGUGGUUGUGGUCAUAGAGCUAACCAUGAGUGAUAGGGAAGAGAGAGAGGCUUAUGAGGUUAGUGUUUUUUUUCGGUUUUUUGGGCGAAGGGAUUGGGGCGUAGAGUUUUGUUGUUUUUUGUUUUCUUUUGUUUUUAGUAGGAAAUGGGUUUGUUUUUUUUGUGGUGGGGACAUGUUUGGGUUUGAGAGAGUGCGAAUCUUUCUCUCACUAAAUUAAUCCAGGGUACUGCUCUCUCUCUCUCUCUCCACAUGUACGACACAGGUGUUUCUCGAUCGUGGGUGGUGCUUUCUCACGCCCAAUGAGCCGCUCUCUCUCCUCGAAGCCACACGGUUACUUCCCAAAGUGGGUCGUAUCAUGGUCAUGCUCUCUCUCUCUAGGUCUCUCUCUCCACGAGGUGAUCGCACACUAGAUUCUGUCCUCUGAGCGAUCGAUCACGCGUGAUUGGGUUGGCUUCGUAUAACUCUCUUCUUUCUCUCUCCUAUUUAUUCGAGCUGUUAAGGCUCUCUCCUCUCUCUCUCUCUCUCUC